CCAACCACAACAACAAAGCUGCUUCAACCACAACUACAGCUGCACCAACAACAACUACUGCUGCACCAACAACAACUACUCCAACUACGACCACUGUUGCCCCAACCACUACAACAACUGCACCAACCACAACAACUGCUGCACCAACCACAACAAUAGUCGUAGAUACCAGAACAACUUCUGCACCAACAUCGACAACAGCUGGAGCACUUCAGUGCCAAACCUGCACAAAUCAGACGUGUUCAAGCACAGUAACAGUGAACUGUUCUUCAGAGACCAUGUGUGUUACAGCUACUAUUUUAGCUACCUCAUCUGGAACUACAGCAACACAAUUCUACAAGGCGUGUGCAUCUUCCUCUCUGUGUCCAGCUACGGGCAAUCAGACAUUUUCAGUUAACCUGGGUGUUCAAAGUGUUCUUGCAUCUGCCACGUGCUGCAACACGGAUAACUGCAACUCACAAAAUCUGCCUGCUCCUACUCCUCAGUCAAGUAACGGCCUACUAUGUAACACUUGUGUCGCCUCUCAGUGCAACACUACAUUACAGUGUCAGGGAGUGGAGGACCAAUGCUUUCAAUCAAUGAUGACGAACGGCACCAACAGUUUCCCAGCUUACGGCUGUGCAUCUAAAAACCUGUGUGCAGCUGCUUCAAGCCUGGGUUCUCUACCUUUCAUGCAGAUGGUUGGUACCAUAACAAGUGGACCAAACUGUACUUCAUGCACAACCACUGCUGCACCAACCACAACAACAGCUGCUCCAACCAAAACAAAAGCUGCUUCAACCACAACUACUGCUGCACCAACAACAACUACUCCAACUACGACCAUUGCUGCCCCAACCACUACAACAACUGCUAAAACCACUAAACAGCUGCUCUAA